GACCCGGAAGUAUAAUUGUGGUCUGAGGCCACGUGGUUUUCUGUGGGUACGAUUGGCCCUUUCGACUCGUGUUUUUCUCCUCUUCCGCCAUCAUUGCUUUCUUCGCCGCAUUCCGGUUCACUCGUCGUUGCUCGACAAUGGAAAAAAAAAUCAAAGUUUUCUUCGAUGUUGCUGUUGACGACGGAAACUCUUUGGGGAAAAUUGUGAUGGAGUUGCGUGGAGAUGUGGUGCCGAAAACAGCAGAAAACUUCCGGGCCCUAUGCACUAAUGAACAAGGCUUUGGAUAUAAAGAUUCUACCUUCCAUCGGGUUAUACCUGGUUUCAUGUGUCAGGGUGGAGAUUUCACCAGAUCUAAUGGAACUGGUGGAAAGAGCAUCUACGGGGGAAAGUUUGCUGAUGAAAACUUCAUACUCAAGCAUACAGGACCAGGGAUUUUGUCGAUGGCCAAUGCUGGACCCAACACAAAUGGAUCACAGUUUUUCUUUUGCCUUACCAAGACUGAGUGGUUGGAUGGAAAACAUGUGGUGUUCGGAACUGUAGUGGAAGGGAUGGACGUUGUGAAGAAAAUUGAAUCAUAUGGCACCGACAAAGGACCAACCACAAAAAAAAUCAAAAUCUCUGAUUGUGGCGUGCACGAGGAAAAAAAUGAUUGAAUUACUACCAAAAGACUUUUUUUUUGUACUGAUGUACAGAUGUAUACAUACUUCAUUCUCCUCCCCCAGAGUCAUUUUUUGAUUUUUGUUUAUUUCACUCUUACAUGUAGUAGUGACUCUUUUGUAACAGUUUUUGAACAAUUUUAAUAUUUUGAACCAGCCAAAAAAUCAGUGCACAUUUUCUGUUGUAUUUAUAUUUUUAUUGCUGGUACAUCUAUUGACUGAAUAAACUGUGCUGUACACAUUU